AUGGCUGAUACUAACGAUAUGAAUCCCAUUGCUGCUAUAGGUUUUCAAAAUGCAGCCAACAUUUACGAUCAGGCACGACCAUCCUAUCCAAAUGAAGCUAUUCAGUUUAUCAAGUCACUCUGUCCUACGCCUACAACUAUUGUUGAUCUCGGUGCUGGAACUGGUAAAUUGACGCGCUUAUUGUCAACUUUCGGUGCUCAAGAAAUCAUUGCCAUCGAGCCAGUUUCAGAAAUGCGUGAAAAUUUGAAGUCAAUUCCAUCGAUUACUAGAAUCAUCGAUGGUACUGCAGAACAUAUUCUUCUCGAUGAUAAUACUGUUGAUGUGAUCUUCUGUGGUCAAUCAUUCCAUUGGUUUGCAAAUGAACGAGCUUUAACCGAAAUUCAUCGAGUCCUCAAACCCAACGGUUUACUCGUACUUAUCUGGAAUUUACUUGAUUAUCCGAGAUACAGCUGGUCACAACAAAUAUUAGAACUCAAGGAUAGUUAUCGACCACCUGAAAUACCACUCCAUAGAUCAAAGAAAUGGAAGGCAGUCUAUGAGAACCAAAAUCUCUUUCAAUGUUUGCAGCACAAACAAUUUGCCAAUACACAACAAAUGACUCGCGAGACAAUUAUUAAUCGAUUUUUGUCAAUCAGCUUUAUUGCGAUGUUGUCGUCUGAAGAAAAAGAAAAAUUUAUUAUGAAAGUGCGUCAAAUAAUCGAUCAUACCGAAGAUAUGCCAGAGCAAGAGUUCGAGGUACCAUAUAAUACCGAUGUGUAUUGGUCUUUUCCUCAGAAAUAG